AUGGCAAUUUUCCGGAUACUCUGUGUCUUCUCAGGACUCAGGAGCCUGGGCUUUGAUUUUGAUGGCCCUCUGAACCCUUCUGUUACGGUUCCUUUUUUGGGUUCAGCCCCUCCAACUGGUUCAUCCGCGGUGUUUGCCAGCUUGUUCGAUCCGUACCCAUUUAAAGCCCCUCCAACUGGUUCAUCAGCGGUGUUUGCCAGCUUGUUCGAUCCGUACCCAUUUUUUGUUCUUUACUACAUUUUGUACAGUGACCGCAGUGUCCGGCCGAUCACGGAUACCAAUCGUCUUCGUUGCGGCAUGGAGUUCAGGUGCCGGGAUUUUCUCGCCCAGGACUCGUCGCUCCCUCGAACACCCGUUCAAGUUCAUCCUCUCACCGCCAUUCGCACUGAUGCGGUGGCUCAGAUUGAUGCUACCAGUCCUGAGAAGGUUGAUUUUGAAGACCCAUUGAGAGCAAAUGCUGUAGAUGGUGCGGAUCCCUCUUCUAGCGUACAGAGAUUUGAUUAUACUUUCAGAAGAAGUCUUUCUGAUGAAGUGGGUCAGUUUUCAGCAAAAGAAUGGGCUGUUUUUAGUAAAGCACUGUUGCAAAAAUUCUCUUACAGUAAUAUGAUAACGAUGCCAGCUGCAUUGGACACUUUGCCAAAGAACAACAAAGAGCAUAACAAGUCUUUAGCAGAUGUGCACAUGGAGGAAUUAGAAGAUCCUGAAAUGAUGAUAAAUGAGGAGAAGAAGGUGAUCACUCAGCAGGAGUAUGUCUCACGAUUACAAGAGCUUAAAACAGAAAUUGCUCGGGCAUGGAAAGCUGAUGAUCGAAUAAAAGCAUUGAAGAUAUCAAUUAAGGUUUCGAGGCUUCUGAUUGACACAUCAGUUUUGCAGUUCUAUCCAACCUUGUUCUUGUUAGUCAUAGACGUAAUGGAUAUGUUUGGUGAUUUGGUGUGGGAAAGAAUUAAAAAGAAAGUUGAAUAUUCUGAUGAUGGGACUUUAAUCUGUUCUUUGCCAGAAAACUUUCUUUCUGUUGACGUUUGUUCUGAAGCUAAGGAAACUUGUUAUAACUGGUUUUGCAAGAUUGGCUCAAUCCGCGAGCUUCUCCCACGCAUAUAUUUGGAACUUGCCCUUUUACAUUGUCGGCGCUUCCUGGAGGACCAUCACCUGCAUAGCCUCCAACGGUUGGCCAGGAUGAUGAGGGGACUUGCAGAUCCUCUUGCAUCUGCCUAUUGCCAUCUUUAUUUGGCCCACCGUGCAGCAUUGGUACAUUGUAACGAUACUGGCUACUUGAUUAUGUCCAUUAGUGAUAUCAACUUUUCAUUGAGAAGGAUUAUUUCUGAUAAACAAGCCAGUCAAAGUGAUGCUGACUGGAACCAUAAACUGUCCAUAAGCUUGAUCGAACCUACAAUAGAGUGGAUUAUGAAGUGCUUAUUGAUGGAAGGAAGGCAGAAACCUAACGACAUACUUAAGGAGUUUGGAUUUGGAAGUGGAGCUCUAGAUCCAACUUGGAAGGUUCCAUGGACUUCAGUUAUAAUUCAUCAUCUCGUGAGACAACUUCCAAGUAAAAUAAUUAGCGCAUAUGUGUUUGAGAUUUUAGAGAUUUUUGAGCUCAUUAAAGAUAUCUCUCUCAACCAGCAUUUGAAUUACAGGGUGCUUGGACUUAAGCUCUGUGAGAGCCCUCCACAUAUAUGUUAUGUCGAAUCUAUAUUAAACAGAGUUAUGCAGGUCCUUUCUCAAUAUAAUCAUCUUGAGGAAUAUUUGGUAGUUGCAAAUGCUUACUUGGACAUUAUUUUACAGUGCCCAACGGGUAGUUUUUUAUCGUCAAUUUUAGAUGGCAUUUUGAAGCUUUCAAAAUAUACAAGAGUUGAUGAAACUGAAUUAGAUGCUCUGCAGUCCAUUCUUAUGAAGCUUCUCAAGUACUUCAGUAGCAUAGAAAAUGCUUUUGCUUCGGAACAAUUUAUGGCCGUAUAUGUAUUGCUACAUGGAAUAUCUCAAAAUGUGAUCAAUCUGCAUAUUCUUGAAAAAGCUACAAGAUCUGGUUCAAUAUCUAAUCCCACAACCAUACAAAUGCUGUUUGAAAUCUCUAAAGCGCUUCUUGACAGCAUUGAUAUUUUAAAUAAAGAUUAUCAGCGAAUCUCACAACUCAUCUGUCACUUUGUUCAAUUGGUUGGUUUUGGUGAUGAUAGAGAAAGCCAUUUAACAUUCUUAGUUACAUGUCGCUCAGCUUUCAGUUACUUUGACAUGAUUGUGGAUACUCUUGUUCUUUUGAGUAAUAACCUUGCAAUUGGAGCAAUUAAAGGGUCAAACAAGCUGUUAAACUUUGUUAAAGCUUGUGUUGCUUUUAGUGAAGUCACAAUUCCAUCCAUUCCUGACCAAAUAAGAUGUAUGAAAUUAUUUAUUGCAACUGCGGAGAUUGCACUAUUUGCUGGCCUGUUCUCUCAUACUGAAGGGCUUCUUAAUUCAGCCGUUGAUAGUUUGCUAUGUUUGGACGUGUCAGGUUCUCAUAUAUCUGUCGCUGAAGAUGAGAUCUUACCCCUUACAUGCAAAUUGUGCAGCAUUUUGGCUUUCAUGCCAGGCAUGAAGGGAGGAAUUGCUCAAAUACAUAUGCGGUUAAUGCCGUUCAUUGAUAAUCAACCAUGGGCAACGUCGAGGAUGAGGACAAAAAUAUUUUGCGCGGUUAUUUCUCUCUGUGCCUGUCUUUCUCAAAAACUGCUUCCUCCGCAUUCAAAAACCAUCAAGGUUGUUGGUCACAAUGAAAUGUUGUUCUUUAGAGAUGAGUCUUAUGAACAAGAACUCAAAUCAGUCACCAGAGAUGCUGUUCAGUGCUUGUUCAAGACUAUUGAACGAGACCCUGCGUCGUUAUCAACAGGAAAAUUUGCACUUGAAGCUUGCAAUUGUCUUCUUAUUAACUUCAAGGCUAACCAUGAACUACAUUUAAAAUGCUCAAAGCUCAUCAAGAUUGCAAGUUCAUGUUUACCUUCCAAUGACAAUUAUCUAAGAACUUCGGCGAACUUGUUCAACCAACACUUUCAAAAUUUGUGAUGACUGGCAAUGCAUUAUAUGCAGUCCUUGUAAAGUAGUUAUUUUUGUGGUGGAAAGAUGGUUUAUGGACAUUUUCAAUGUGUCUGGUUUAAGCCGUUGUCAUUUUUUUCAGUUGUUGGCUUGCUCAAAUUAGUCUGCCACUAUUAAAGCUUGUUCAAGGUCUUGUGUUUGUUUAAUGUGAAAAUAUUCAAAAGAACGAAAUUAUUGAAAAAUAGGUUUAUCAUUAUAUUG